AUGGAGGACCUGAACAGGCUCAUUACCAGUGUCAAUGAUUAUAAAGUAAGAUACUGGAUCGGACUGAAGAAGGGAGACUCCAUGAAGUGGCACUGGUCUCUGGCAGACAGACGUUUCUACAGAGAGGGGGAGACUGAGUUCAGAAACUGGGACACUGGGACACCCCAACAUGGUAACUGUGCUUUAAUGAGUACAGCUGGUCUGUGGAACAACACCUCCUGUGAUGACCAGCAUCACUUCAUCUGUUAUGAUGUGCUCUGGCACCCCAAUGGUGGAACAAACUCCCUCACGACGCCAGGAAAACAAGACACCAACCUAACAUACGUCUUAAUUCAGGAGAACAAGACCUGGAUAGAUGCUCAGAGUUACUGCAGACAGCAUCACAUAGACCUGGUCAGUGUGAAGAACCAGACUGAGAACACAGAGAUAAAGAAGAAGAUAUCACUGAGGGGACUUCCUGUGUGGAUCGGUCUGUUUCAAGACUCCUGGAGAUGGUCAGACCAGAGUGACUCCUCAUUCAGAAACUGGUGGCCAGGAUAUCCUACAAAAGAUCAGAGAUACAACUGCACUGUGGUGUCUUAUGAUCUUUAUUUUCAUGAAUAUUUUUUUUAUUAUGAUGAUAAUUAUUCUUAUCUUAAAUGGAGAAAUCUGCCCUGUGACGUCCGCAAUCCUUUCAUCUGCUAUGGCCCAGCUGUGGAGACGUCUGAGAAACCCCAACUGAAGAGACAGGUAGUGAGAAUGAAAGUGACCCCAAAGGAUCAAAAUCUGAACCUCAGUGAUCCUGCUGUUCAGGACUCCAUCUUACAACAGAUAAGGAACAAGUUGAAGGAGCAGGGGUUACCUGCAGACAUCAAAGUGACAUGGAAAAAGCAGCCUGAUGGGAAGGUCUUCCACAAGGAGGAAGAGGGGUCUCCCAAGAAAGAAGAGGAGGAGAAGAAGAUGAAGAGGAUGAUGACAAAGAGAGAACUCUAGUUAUGUAAAAUGUUCUCUUUACAUUUCUCUUUUUUAUUUACAUUAAUAAUCUGUACUGGGAUGUAUUUUCUCGCCCUAAUUAAAUGUGUUUUAUUAAGUAAAUUGUUUAAUUAUAAACAUUAAUAGUGUUUUAUCAUGAUAUGUUUUUCUCUAUAAUUUUCUUGACUUGGUUGUUUUAUUACAGGGUGUGUUCUCAAGAUAGACUUUUCACACAUCAUGUCUGUAAAUGAGUUAUC